GUUCUAUGUUUAUUAUUUUUUUAAGUAAAAUUUUAUGUAUUCACUUGUAAUUUUUAUAUGAAAAGAAGGUAUUAAAGUGCCUAAAAUGGUUGAGAAAAUUAUCAAGGAAAGUAAUAAUGUAAAUAAAAAUAAUGCAAACAAGUUUGUGCUGAACAGAAAAGCUGGAAGAAGUAUUAUUGAACGACAACCUGUGCUUUCACCGGAUGGAGAGAGCGUCGUUGUAGUUGUGGAAAAUGUAGUAAGAGUGUACAAUAUAAAAACAGGGGAUUGCGCACGUACAUUAGAAGCGGAUAGUUUAAUAAAUGAGCUAAUAGGAGUACAAUUUGCUGAUAAUGAGAACUAUAACUUGUACGGUUGUUCUGACGAUGGACUUGUUAUUACUUGGACCUAUGAAAAUGGUGUUGUACUCAGGGAAACGAAGCUACAAUUACCAAAUAACUUGAAGAUAAUGACAUUUGAUUUAGUAGACAGUAAUGAAUGUUUCAUCACCGCAGUUGAUUCAAACAGUGGCCUUGUUUAUUCAGCAACCUUCUCAGUAAAAAAUGGCAAUGUGUUGUAUGAAUAUCUUGAUGUUAUAAUCAAAUUCAAUGAUAUUAUCCGAGUGUCCAUUGGUGUGUGUAUGGGGGACAAAUAUGCAGCAAUAACCAAUGGCACAAGCCAUCUUUAUAUUCAAAACUUGUAUCAACCACACUUAAGAUCUGAAAUUCACAACUACAAUGAAUUCCGGAUUUUGAAUGUAGCUGCUCAUCCAAAGGAGAGCUCUGUAGCUAUCACUGACGUGUUUGGUCGUCUCACUAUCAUCAGAGGGAAUUUAUAUGACUAUAGAAGUGUAGCGAGAGAAGCUUUACAUUGGCACUUCUUACCUCCGUCAGCAGUAUGUUUUUCAGCACAAGGCAAUUAUGUUAUAACAGGAGGCAUGGAGAAAGUAUUAGUCAAGUGGACCAUGUCCCACCUGGCCAACAGAGCUGCGGAGAAAACAUUCAUUCCCCGUCUUCCGGGCAUGAUAAGAUAUGUCACAGCUAACAAUUCUCACAUUGCUAUUACACUCUCAAAUAAUUCAAUAGCCAUAGCAAAUGCCCAAAUGCAUGUGGUGACCACAAUUUUGGAAUGUGGCGGACUAUCCCCAGUAAAUAGAGCUCUGGGCUGCUCGCUGGUAUACCACAGAAGUCUGUCAGCUCUGGUCAUUCCAGGCAGAUCUGGCCAUCUACAGCUCUUCUCUACAAGUACAGAUAAAGUUCUUUAUAAUGUUGACAUAACUGAAAUGAAUGAUAUACCAUCCGAAAAACACAACCUGCUGCCUCUAGAAAUUGAAGUCACAUGUGCAGCCAUGAGUGCCAAUGCCUCCUGGCUAGUGACGUCAGAAUACAGAAACGAUGGUGUCAAUUAUCCAGAGGAGAGGUUAAAGUUUUGGUCCACAAAAACACAAUCUACUUCACCAUUCAAACUCAACACAGUAGUUAACUUAUCACAUGGUGGAUGCAAUGUUGUGUCCUUAGCUUUGAACAAUAAAGGUGAAUUUUGCGUAUCAGCGGGAACCGAUCAGAAGUUUAGGGUGUGGAAGAAAAAUACGACGACACAAAACAAGAAGAAAACUAUUGCGUGGAGUUGCCUUACUGCUUGCUACUAUUCGUCUGGAGUCGCACCUUUUCUAUCGAGCCCAGCUCUUAAUAUUAUCAAAUCGGACAAGAGCUCCUUGAUAAAAGACGAUAUGCCUUAUUUAAGAGAUAUUAACUACCAAGACAACAUUGUACAGAAAGUAUUCAAUAUACAUAAGGAAUCGUUAGUUGAUGAAAGAGUUAUAAAUCGAUAUACAUAUGUCCAAGAUGAGAAUGCUAUGGGUGGAGUCGCUAUAUCCCAUGAUGGGUCUCUGAUAGCGGCUUGGUUUGGUUGUAAGUUGACCUUAUGGGACAGUCACCUAUGUAAUUUACGGACAACGCUCUCCCAUCCAGCCUUACGACCGAAGGGCAUAAGUGUACAGUUUGGGAAUAAUGAUGCUGCACAUUAUCUUGUAUGCACAAGUGAAAAUUGCCUAGCUGUAUGGAGUCUGUUGUCUUUGACAAUGAAAUGGAUGGUACAGCUGAAAACUGCCAGCCUGGUUGCCGAUCCCUUCUCUAACAGGAUGGCUGUUACCACAGUUAAUAAUGAUGUAUACGUAUUCACACCACACUUGUCCAAGCCGCUGUUGGUACAGAAGAAAGUAUUGGACCCGCAAGGCGGUGUCAUCAAGCAAUGCGCUUUCGCCACAGGACGUGAUAUCAAAUUGUACCUGAUGAGAAAUAAUUCGGAGCUCUACUGCCUCCAACGGGAGCGCACAGAAGGGGGCCGAGUAGAGGCGUUACGCCGCACCACUCCGGCGACGCAGUUUAGUGCGUUACUCGCUGAGCGCACGGGCUCGAACGUGCGCGCGCCCGCACGCGGCGACGCGCACGCACCUGUCAGCACGCAUGUUGUAACACAGUUGCUAUCAGCGGCGCCGCAUAUGAUGCCACCAGUGAGCGCGCUCUGUCCGCUACUACUAGAACAGAUAUCAGGCUACCAACAACCAGAGGAGGUAGAAGAAAAACCAGGGGAAAUAAUGGAGGUAGACCUGUCCAGUGAUGAUGAAGACGCUCCCAAGAAAGAAACGCCAAAAACGACGCAGCUUUGGACGCCGAGUUACGAAAGAGUCAAAGAGAAAAGGUUGAACAAUAUCGUGAAAGAUCCGUUGUUGGAUUUCAGCACGACAUCCGAUUUGUUUGGAGUUUAGUUAAUUAUCAAAGGGGAAAUAGAAAAUCCAG